AGGCUUACGUAAGGAGCGAGUCCCGCGCGGCCGGCGGGGCUCCGGGACUGGGUUGGGCGGAGGCGGCGCCGCCCAGCGGGAUCGGUGCUGGAGUCUCGCCGCGCUCCUUCCAGCGGAGGGGCGGCUGGCGAGUCCCCGCGCGCGUGCAGGGGUGCUGAGGCCGGGUCUACACACAAAGUUCGUGGGGUGCGGUUCGGCUGCCCGGUCGUCGCCAAGGCAUGGCUUCCAAACUCCUGCGGGCGGUCAUCCUUGGGCCGCCUGGCUCGGGCAAGGGCACUGUGUGCCAGAGGAUCGCGGAGAACUUUGGCCUCCAGCAUCUCUCCAGCGGCCACUUCUUGCGGGAGAACCUCAAGACCAACACGGCCUCAUGAUGUCAGAGCUGGAGUCUCGAAGCGGCCAACAUUGGCUAUUGGACGGCUUCCCGAGGACAUUAGUACAGGCUGAAGCCCUGGACAGAAUCUGUGACGUGGACUUAGUGAUCAGUUUGAACAUUCCAUUUGAGACACUCAAAGAUCGGCUGAGCCGUCGCUGGAUUCACCUUCCUAGUGGGAGGGUCUAUAACCUGGACUUCAAUCCACCUCAUGUGCAUGGGAUUGAUGACAUCACUGGUGAGCGUCUAGUCCAGCAGGAGGAUGAUAAACCUGAAGCCGUGGCUGCCAAGCUGAGACGAUACAAAGAUGCAGCAAAGCCAGUCAUUGAACUGUACAAGAGCCGAGGAGUACUCCACCAGUUUUCUGGAACGGAGACUAACAAAAUCUGGCCUUAUGUUUACACACUUUUCUCCAACAAGAUCACACCUAUUCAAUCCAAAGAAGCAUACUGAGCCCACCAUUGGAAGAACCGGAAGACGUGAUUGUUCAUUCAAUCGUGCGUGUAGUAUUGGUGCCGUGCCCAAAUUAGAAGCUAGCUGAGAUAGCUUGUAGCAUCUUUUCAAGUUUUAAUGGUGAAGUGAUAAGGGAACUAGUGGGUAGAAAGAGUUCAUGAAGAAAAACCACCUCUGCAAGUGUGCCACGCCCUUUGUAAGAAAGCCAGUACAGACUGGAUUUCCACUGUGCUGUAGGUGGGGGUUGACAGCCAUCUUGCUGUCAUAGCCUUUUUGCAUGCGAUGGUGGAAGCUUUGGUUCUCCCUACUUUCCAAAGGCUGUUGAACCAUCGCUGUAGUAAGCCUGGGAACUCGAAGGGCUCUGGACCUCACUUUGUCCCAGUCCUCUUCUGUGUCCCCUUGAUGACAAUUGAAUCCAUGCUGAUUGUACUGAGUGGUUCGCUUCUUUCCAGUGACUACGUCUCCCUCCUCCUCAGACAUCCUGGUUUCUAUUUGCUGUGUUUCCUCAUGACUUGUUUGCUCCCUGAUAGUUACUACAUUUAAAAUCCCUCUAACUUCUUUCUAUGAACUAAGAGCUUAGGGACCGAGUUGAGUCCCUUUACAUACUGGGAACUGAGCCAGGCAGAGGAGCUCACUUUAAACAGCUGCUCUGACUCUUAUUGUACCUUUCAUUGUGGAAAAAAAAAAA